AUGGCCUCCGCAGAGUCCCGGGGUGGGGAGGUUCAGCUGCAGGAUGUGUCGCCCUCCGUCCUCCAGAGCAUCCUGCGCUAUCUGUACACGGAGGAACUGGUGCUGACGGCCGAGCGAGCCCAGGAGCUGUUCGUCACAGCCAGCAGGCUCCAGAUCCCCCCACUCCUGGAGACGGUUGGCAGGUUCCUCACGGAGACCGUUUCCCUGGAGACCUGCCUCCGGCUGUACGCGCUGGCUCACGCCCACCAGCACCCAGCUCUGCUUCGCGCGGCCGGGCGCUACGUCCGCCUGCACUUCCGGUCCCUCUGCGAGCACGACGCCUUCCUGCGCCUGGACCCCGGCACCUUGAUCGGCAUCAUCGCCUCAGACGGCCUCGCGGUGGCUUCCGAACUGGCCGUCUACGGGGCUGUGGGGCGCUGGGUGAGGGCUGACCCCGCCGAGCGCCUGCCACUGCUCCCGGAGCUGCUGGGGCACGUCCGCCUGGCCCUGCUGACCCCCAAGGAGCUGGCCGAGGUGCAGGCCGACGUCGCGGAGCUCUCUGGGGCUUUCCCCGGUUUCGCCGCCCUGGGCCACAAGCUCUAUGUGGCCGGGGGCUGCGGCCCGGACGGCUGCUUUUCAACCAGCCUGCACGAAUACGACGCCUGCUCUGGGCAGUGGGCACAGCUCCCCUCCAUGUCCUGGCCCCUGGACCCCCACGGCUUCCUGGUCUGCAGCCGGCGGCUCUACGCCGUGGGGGGCUGCGCCGAGGCAGCAGGCAAGCUGGAUUCGGCAGAGACCUUUGAUCCGGAGCAGAAGCAAUGGGCUCCCGCCUCCCGCCUGCCCUUUCCUCUCAGCUACUUCGCCUCAGCCGCGCUCCACAACAAACUCUACCUGAUAGGUGGGAAGAAGCAUGUGGCAGGGGCCCUGGCCACCCACCGGGGGCUGCUCAUCUACCACGUCCGCUCGGACAGCUGGGCUCAGGUGCCGCUGGGUGUGGGGCUGUGCCACGCGGGCGCUGCCGCCAUGGCUGGUGGGAUCUGUGUCGUGGGGGGCUGCAGAGACGAAGCCCCCGGGGAGGAGCGAGAGGGGGCUUCCUGCCUGGGAAACUUCCAGGCCUCCCGGGCGUGCUUCUUCCUGGGUGAGGAUGGCAAAGUGAGGCAGGAGGUGGCCAUCCCGGCGCUUCCCCGAGCCAUCGAGUCUGCUGGGGCCGUCUGCUGGCGGGGAAGGGUCUACGUGGUGGGCGGCGAGGACUCAGCCCGUUGGCUGAACACCGUGUACUACUGGGAGCCCAGCGCCGCUGCCUGGACCCCAUGCCGGGAAGGCCCUGCCGCCGGGGAGCGCGUGGGCUGGUUUGGCUGCGUGACACUGCAGGUGCCCCGCAGACGCCUCCGGGCUCUUUUCCAGGGGCAGCCCACAGCCCCGGCAGCAGGUGGGGCAACGGGCCGAAAGCAGCUCCCCUGCAGAACCUCUGCAAUGGCUCCACCUCCCGUCAGUGGGAAAGGAGGCCUCAUGUGCCCCAGCACAGCACCGGGUUCAGACCAGGGGAGCCCCCUGGCCUGA